GGACACAACGAGAAUUGUAAGGUCUUUGAAAUGUCUUCAGAAUCUGCUUCCUCUCACGAGCAGCCUCCGUCUCCACGCAGCCUCCGACUCCCAGAAGGGCGGAGGACGAGAGAGCGUUCCCCGUCUCUGAUGAGAGGCUACCUCAUCCCAAGCCCGCUUCCGACGCGGAGGACACGCACAUUUUCAGCGACGACGAGAGCCUCUGAAGGGCCUACCUACAAGGGUGUGUGUAAAUGUUUCUGCCGCUCCAAGGGCCAUGGCUUCAUCACGCCUGUCGAUGGCAGUCCAGACAUCUUUGUGCACAUUUCUGACAUUGAAGGAGAAUAUGUCCCGGUGACCGGGGAUGAAGUCACCUACAAGGUGUGCACCAUUCCUCCGAAAAAAGAGAAGCUCCAGGCUGUGGAGGUGGUCAUCACUCACCUCGCUCCGGGGAUAAAGCACGAGGCGUGGUCAGGAAACGUGAUCAACUCCUAGGCCGCCCUGACGCCAAACCCGCCCUGACGGAGGAAAUGCUGGACUUUCGGUAUUGUUCAACAACUGAUACUGACUUGAGACUUGACAGACAAGUUUUCUGCGUAUUGAGUGAGGUGGAAACACCAUUGUAAUGGGGGUCCAAAGGUGGCCAGAGUAACGCCCCCACUUUUAUAAAAAAAUAAUUAAAAAAACGCAAACGGCACAACACUUAAAGUUGACCAAGAAGACGGGAUUUAGUUACGGCUUUGCUUUUUUUUUUUUUUUACCAGCACGUGUAGAUACCCAAAGGCCUUAGAAAGACUUAACCAAAAUAUAACAAAAUGGCACAGGUGCCAUCUCUCCAGAUGAUGGGGAGCAUGACUUGGAGCCUGUAAAUUUUCUGUUUUGGUGGGGACUCUGCAUGGCAAGGGAUACCAGCAUUGCCUGGGUAGAUCACCCCAUGGAGAACUUUUUUGCUUGACACCGCAGGGCCUCACCAGUCUAAUGCGCAACAGCACUGUGAAAUUUGCCUGUCAUUGUAGAAGUCAUCUGCUGGUGAGAUCCCCUUUCCUAGAAACAUAGGAAUUCUCCUGGUGUGCCCUCUGGGUUUCUAGGUCCAAGGAAGCCCCCUCAAUGGAGCACCUGGGGAAAGCCCUAGCAACAAACACCUUUCCCUUCUUUUGAUUUUGUGCUGAGAUUUUUACAAAAGCCAAUGCUCUGGCCCCUGGCAGAAAAGCACAGCCCGCCUCAACAUUUCAUAUAUAAACAUCUGAGACGCGAGAGUAGUGUCUGCCGUGGUUAGCUUGUAAUUUGGGUGAUGAAAACUUUCAGGAUUUUUUCUUUUUAAAAAACCAGCUCUUGAUUUUUAUGUCCUCCUUGGCCCCGUUUGCACAACUCACACCAAACCAUGGUUUGCUUAACAAACUACAGAUUUGUCCCAUGGACGAUAAAACAAACCCAUUGCUUGUUUCUCUAAAAUGUGGUUUGUUUUCCAGCUGGUCUUUUCUGGUAGCUUGGCAAGUGUUUGUGGUGGGUUGACUAACCAAACCUUGCUUUGGGGACGGUGCUGGCUUUCUUUGUGACACCAAGCCACAAUUAAAACAAACCAAGGGUUGUGAGUCAGUGACAAACCAUAGCUUCAGCUUGUGGUUUGUUGGCAGUAAAGAAGCCAUAGGUAAUCCACUGAGCAGGGUCCAGAUGAUCAGGUAAACAACAGUUUUAGUAAACCAUGGCUUAGUCGGAGGAAAACAAGCCACUGUAUGUCAUGUGAACUGGUUUGAUAUUUGAACCCUUCUGGUGCAUUUCUUCAGCUGGCAAAGUAUAUUAUUUUUAGUUAGUGAUGUGUGUGUGUUUAAUGCACAGCUAGCUAAUUCCUGACUCCAACUAGGUUUGUAGCUAAACCAUAUUUCAACCAUAUUUUAUUUCAAUGCCAUCUAGUUGUUGUUUUUCUAGUAGAAAAUGUUCUGAACAGUACAUAUGUGUGUUGUGUUCCCUUCUCAAACUCCCUAACAGCUGGAAAUCUUUGGGGAAAAUAAAUAAAUAAAAAGGUUGGAGUGAA